AUGGCCCUCAUAUCCAAUAUUCUGGGCUUCUCAGCUCUUGGCCUUGCUGCUCGCUUUGGACAACUUGGGAUUCAAAAGCGCAAUCCUUUUGAGAACCUUGGGGGACAUGUCAUCGCGAUGGCUAUCUUUGGUUACGGUGGAUAUUGGGCGUACAAAUGGGAUUUACGUGCAGCGGAGCUUAUUGGCCAGAAGCGGGCAGAAAUUGAAGCACGACGACAAGGCGCUACCAACUCGGAAUGAUGGAUUGCAACAGCAAUGUUUGCCAGGAUAAUAUAAGCAUUAAGCAACGCAUUCCUUCGUAUUUGCUGGCCGCUGGUCUGCCUUAUAAUUGAUGCAGAUGUACACCACCUAAUGCCAAAUUCGGCAUGUGCAAUUACCUUGACCUUGGUUUCGUGCC